AUGUUUAAAUGUUUCGCGAUAUUGCUGUUUAAUUUUUGUGUCUUGUCAAUUAUCAAUGCUUGCCACAUCUUCCCUUCAGAGAAUCGGAACAGUUUCCUAGACUUGUCUAUCUGGGGUAACCCACAGAGUUUCGUACCUUCCACUAUAUACACAGUUGAAAUAAAUAGCAAAAAAACAUUCUCUCAUUUCCUUAUUACAACUGAUGGAAGUGGUGGAGGAGGUGCUUUACAAGUAAUGAAUGAUGGGAUAACAACAUUUUCUGAAGAAUGUAUAAAUACCUUGAAGGAAAGCAACGCAAAAGCUAAAAGAAAAGUGGCAGUGCACUGGUUGACUCCUUCAUCCGGAUGUGUUAAUAUCAAAUCUGCUGUCAAAGUAAACAAUAAAUGGUUGACCGUCAAUAAAACAAUAUGUUCCCUCGAGGAAACCCCGAAAGAGGUAAAAAAAUGCUGCAGCUGUGAUCAUGCUAAAUAUAAGCUUGUUUUUGAAGGGAUAUGGUCUCCUAAAACUCAUCCUAAAGAUUAUCCCUCGAUUCUAUGGAUGACUCAUUUUUCUGAUCUGAUUGGAGCCACUCACUCUCCUGAUUUCGCAAUAUGGGACGAAGGAAUGCUAUCAUCUUAUGGGAUGCAACAAAUGGCAGAGUAUGGAAUCGUCCGAGAACUUGAAAAUGAAUUGAGAAAUCAGAGUAAGCUGCUAAAAUCAAUUAUCAUCGCAGCAGGGCUGUGGUAUCCUGAUGUGAACAGCAAAACAACGGCGAUUUUCAAAGCUGAUCCAAAAAAACACUUAUUAUCAUUGGCAUCUAUGUUUGGUCCAUCACCCGACUGGUUUGUUGGAGUAAGCGGAUUGAACCUUUGUCUACCAAAUUGCACUUGGAUCGAGAAUUUGACGUUGGAUCUCUAUCCAUAUGAUGCUGGAACUGACAGUGGGAUCUCAUAUAUGAGCCCUAACGUCCCUACUGACCCACCAGAAAGGAUCCAAAAAAUAACCGCCACGUAUCCAGAAGAUGCACGGUCUCCAUUUUAUGACCCGAUAAAUCAAAAUAUGAACUCAUUUGCAAAGUUGAUUAUUACUCGAGAAAAUGUUUUUAAGAAAAAGUGUACUGACAUGACCGAACAAGAAAUUUUGGAAGAAGUUUCCAACACAGAAAACACCGAAGAUGAAACAAGACCCGAAUGCCAGGUGACAGAAUAUUCACAAUGGAGCAGUUGCAGCGUCAGUUGCGGCAAAGGAAUUAGGGAAAGACACAGGAACUAUAUUAACCCUGAUAAAGCGAAGGCAUCCAAAUGUGACAGGCAACUCGUUUCCAAGGAGAUGUGUGCCGCUCCCCUACCAAAAUGUCCAGGAGAAAGUGAAGAGGAUAUUAAACCAGUAGAAUACGAAAGUACAUGUGAAGUGACACCUUGGACCGACUGGUCAGACUGCACGGUGACUUGUGGUAUCGGCAUGAAGUUCAGAAGCAGAGAGCUUGUUGUUAACAACAAAGAAAACCAAAAAAAGUGCGUACACAUUAGCAAAAUGGAAAAGCAGAAAUGCAUGGAACCGGUUUGCCAUUCUAAUGAAGCUAAGAUUCCCCGAGAAUGCAGUGUCGGUGAAUGGAGUGAUUGGAGUCCAUGCACCACCAGCUGUGGCGAUGGAGUGAGGCGUAGAACUCGAACCUUUAAGAAUCAACAUGUACCCAAAUUUUGUCAUACUUCAGUUAACCUAACGCAAGCUGUGAAUUGUAAAAAUUCUGUCAAGUGUGAAAUAAAUCCUGAAGAUGCCCUAAGUGUUUGCACAUUGGACAUAAAACCUGGACCUUGCCGUGCAGAAUUCAAGAAAUGGGCAUUCGACCGAAACACUGGGAUCUGCAAAGAAUUUUUUUAUGGAGGCUGCAGAGGAAACCGUAAUAACUUUGAGACAUUCGCCAGUUGUAACGCAACUUGCGGAGAAGUUGGAGUAGUUCCUGAAGUCAACAGAAAAGACACCGUUGAUUGUGUUGUUAGCAAAUGGAGUUCCUGGUCUGAAUGUUAUCCUUGUACUAAUGGUACGAAACGGAAAACAAGAACAAUACUGAAACCAGCACAAAAUAAGGGGAAGCCUUGUCCACCAUUAGAAAAGUCUGUUUCUUGCAAUGUUCCUCCUGAGUUUUGUGAAUACAUGCAUGGCCAUUAUUAA